AUGCCACUAAAUGCCUUGCCAAGCGAUCCAGUUUCGUUAACAGUUAAAAAACUGUGUGCUGAGCUUCAAGUCAAACUGGAGAACGGCUUAACAGAUGACGAAGCUUUGAUCCGUAGUGAGCAUUUUGGUUUGAACGAGCUCCCCACAAGUCCACCUACACCAUUCUGGAAGUUGGUUUUGGGGCAAUUUAAUGAUGUAUUGGUGCGUAUUUUGUUGAUGGCGGCUACCGUCAGCUUCAUUAUGGCAAUCUUUGAGCAGAACUUUGCAGACUUCGUUGAUCCCUUUAUUAUUUUACUCAUACUAACCUUCAAUGCCAUUGUUGGUGUUUGGCAAGAAAGGCGAGCUGAGGACUCAAUUAAUGCCCUGAAACGUUUUGUGCCUAUCACAGCGGUCGUGAUCCGGGAUGGAAAAAGGAAGACAAUACGUGCUGAACUAUUGGUUCCAGGAGAUAUUGUGGAAGUUAAGGUUGGUGAUCGCGUACCCGCGGAUAUUCGUGUAGUAGAAAUUCAAAGCACAACUUUACGGGUAGAUCAAUCUAUUUUAACUGGUGAAUCAGAAGAAGUUAUAAAGCAAACAGAAGAAAUUUGCUCUUAUAGUGAACGCUUUCCGGCUAAUAUGAUCUUCAGUGGUACCGCUAUAGUGUAUGGAAAAGCUUAUGGCGUGGUUGUUAAGACAGGCAGCACGACUGAAAUUGGCCUGAUUGAAGAAAAUGUUCGCGAACAGGAAGACGUCAAAACACCUCUUCAACGCAAAUUAGAUGAGUUUGGGGUCCUUCUAUCUAAGGUCAUUAGUUAUAUAUGUCUAGUAGUCUUUGUGGUGAACAUGUUUCAUUGGUUUUACCAUCAUGAGAACAAUGACAACGAGGUUUGGUACGAGCGGUAUGUGCAGCCGACGGUGCACUGUCUGAAAGUAGCCGUGGCGCUUGCGGUUGCCGCCAUUCCAGAAGGCCUACCGGCGGUGGUGACUACUUGUUUGGCCUUGGGAACGCGGCGCAUGUCCCGCUGCAAUGCCUUUGUGCGCGACCUUCCCAGCGUGGAAACUCUAGGUCGAUGCACCGUGAUCUGCUCCGAUAAAACAGGUACGCUAACCACAAACUGCAUGUCCGUUGUGGAGGUCGCGACUGCGGGACUUCAUUCUAAGACGCUAAAUGUUUACAAAAUAGAGGAUUCUAAAUAUGAUAUCAUUACGAAUUCGAUCACUAGUGAUAGAGCGCCAAGCAUAAAGCCGCUAGCAUGUAACGCAGCUCUCGACAUGCUCAGUACGGUAGCGGUGUUGUGCAACGAGUCUAGUCUAUAUCGCAAUCCUGAUGGGAACACCGAGAAAAUUGGCGAAUCGACAGAGGCUGCAUUACUUGUUAUGUGUGAAAAACUCAUCCAAGCGUCUGCUGAAACCCCGAACUGCAGUCUGCCCUUAAAUGAAUUUCUUGUAUCCAAGCAAAAGCUGUGGGAUAAACAAGCGACGUUGGAAUUCACGCGCACGCGUAAGUCAAUGAGUGUGUGUUGCGCGUCCAAGUCAAAUCCUAAGAUUAACAACCUCUUUGUGAAAGGCGCUCCUGAAGAAAUUUUGCGGCGUAGUUCUCAAGUGAUGUUAGCAAAUGGAGAAAUAGUUCCUAUCGACGAGGUCAUGUUAGAUAAUAUUGUAAAGCAAACCAAACUUAUGUCAAGCAGUGAAAAAGCGCUGCGGUGUAUUGGUUUCGCCUUCUCCCCGUGUCUUCCAGUAAAGGAGUUGAAACUGUCCAAUCCAGAUAAUUUUGAAGCUAUUGAAAGUGAUUUGAUUUUUCUAGGGGUAUGUGGAAUGCUCGAUCCUCCACGUGAGGAAGUGCCUGAAGCGAUUUUAAAAUGCCACUCGGCUGGUAUACGGGUCAUUGUUAUUACAGGUGAUAAGAAAGAAACCGCAGAGGCGAUGUGUCGCAAAAUUGGCUUGCUCAAGAAGGAAGACACUUCACUCCUAAGCUACACAGGUCAUGAGUUUGAUAAGAUGUCAUCGGUGGAAAAACGAAAAGCCGUUCAAAACGCCGUCGUUUUUAGCCGGACGGACCCUUCCCAUAAGAUGCAAUUGAUUAAAUUGCUCCAGGAGCAGAAGCUUAUUUGCGCCAUGACAGGGGACGGCGUGAAUGACUCUCCAGCUCUGAAGUGCGCAGAAAUUGGGAUUGCCAUGGGUUCGGGAACGGAAGUUGCCAAAGCUACAAGUCAGCUGAUCUUGGCCGAUGACAAUUUCGCAACUAUUGUAAAGGCAGUGCAAGAGGGGCGAACUAUUUUUAACAACACCAAACAGUUCAUUCGCUACCUUAUCAGCAGCAACAUUGGUGAAGUGGCUUGCGUGCUGGCGACAGGGAUUCUAGGCCUCCCUGAGGCGUUAUCGCCUAUUCAGCUUUUAUGGGUGAACCUAGUAACCGAUGGGCUUCCAGCAACGAUGCUUGGAUUCAAUGCGCCCGAACCCGAUAUCAUGGAGCAUCCCCCACGCAAUGUCGAUGAGCCCAUUGUGAAUGGGUGGCUAUUCCUCCGUUAUAUGGUAAUUGGGGUGUACAUUGGCCUUGCAACCGUCGCUGGAUUCCUUUGGUGGUUCUCAUACAAUUCCUUUACUUGGUCAGAACUUACCUCCUUCACAACAUGCGCAAACAUGACCUCCGCUAAGUGCGUCGUUCUGGAAAACCCAGAAGCUGCACGAUCUGUUGCGCUCUCUAUUCUUGUCUUAAUCGAAAUGCUAAAUGCGCUGAAUGCAGUCAGUGAAAACCAGUCUAUCAUGAUUUGUCGUCCAACGUCGAAUAUCUGGUUGCUUUUCGCUAUUGCAUCCUCAAUUGUCUUACAUUUGAUGGUUAUGUAUGUACCUUUCUUUGCAAAACUCUUCCGCAUUACACCGCUGGGAGUGGAUCCAACAUAUGUGCAGUCAGCGAAGCCAUGGAGCAUUCUGAUUCCAACAAGUUUUACAGAAUGGAAAGUAGUGUUAGUGCUCAGUAUUCCCAUAAUUUUCAUUGACGAAAUUUUGAAGUUUAUCUCACAAAGGUCGACGCGAGCAGAGUCUAAAAUGUCUUCUAAAAAAAAAAAUUAG